AUGAGACGCUGUGUGUUUUUCGGCCGAGGCUUGCGCACCACCACUGCCGCUGCUUUCGCCCUUGUGGACUCUUUUGCACCUUCCUUCCGUAUGCAGAGCAGUUACGCUCAAAGCGCAGAGGGUCCUGCGUCAUCGUCAUCGUCAUCGUCGGAGGAAGAAAAUACGUCUCAGGAGAAGGAGAAGACGCAUGCGGAAACAGAUGCUCUUGGGGCUCCCCGUACGCCGGGCAAACGCCGAAACAUUGUUGUGUUGAGCAACACCACCAAGGCUGUGUAUAUUCACCCGAUGAAUCAUAUAGCCUCUUGGUAUUGGUUCAUAACCGAUUUUCAUAAGUGGUUUGUCGGUAUCGUAUUUCUUUUUGUCGGAUCACAAGUGCUUGCACGUUACCGCAUAUCAAAAUUGCAGACAGUUGUGCAGGCACAGCUGGGAGAAAACCUCCUUGACCAGCGUACGCGAGACCUUUUGGGUGACAUUGAGGUGCUGCGGCGAAAAGAUCCUGUUCGGCUAGAGCAGGAGGCUAAUGUGUACCACGAGCAGUUUUGGAAGCGACGUGCCAUUGCCGUUUCAGAGUCACGAAACGAAGUUCGCAGAGUGGAGUUGCAGCGCGGCAUGUUGCAGGGUCAGGCAAGAGGAACCGACAUGACGGAGUGGCUAGGGGCCAAGGCGAAGGACGAUGAGGAACGUGAAGUGGCGCGACGUACACAAGACUACAUUCAGGGUUUUCACCAGCACCUCAAAUCGAAACGUCUUAUUUGA